AAAUAAACAAAUAAAUAAUAUAGAAAAAAUUCAUUGAAAAAAAAACAAUAAAAAUUCCAACAAAAUAAUCGGCACAGCGAAAUUUCAAUAAUGGUGCAUGUUAUACAAAGCAAAGAGGAUUUCGAACAGCAACUGUCCAAUGCCGGCGACAAGCUGAUCGUCAUCGACUUCUGCGCCAAUUGGUGCGGACCGUGCAAAAUAAUUGCACCCAAACUGGAGGAACUGGCCGCCACAUAUGCCGAGCGUGCCGUUGUGCUAAAGGUGAAUGUCGAUGAGAACGAGGAGAUAACAAUUGAGUACAAUAUAACCAGCAUGCCGACAUUUGUGUUCAUCAAGAGCGGCGAGGUACUGGAGGUGUUUGUCGGCGGCAAUUCGGACAAAUUGGCCAAAUCGAUGGAGAAAUAUGUGAGCGACAGCGAUGAGCCGAACGAGGAUAUGCAACAGCAGCUGAGCACAUCCUCGGAGAGCGCUGCCAGCGGCAGCACCAUUUGUGAUCUUGAUGAGGAGGUCGAGGGCGCUCACGAGAUGCCCAUGCGUGUGCAGAGUGCCCUAGACAAGGAGGGCGUCCUGGAGAACUAAGCUAGCACCAAUUGAAUAACCUGUAUUAACUUAAGUAAACGGAAGAACUCAUGCAAACAAAACGAAAUGCCAGUACAAUCCAAAGCGAAAUACAAGAAAACAUAAUACACUUAGCAAUGCCGACCGAAUUCCGAACACUGUACAACAUAACAUUGGAGAUCACUUGACUGUCUUAAGGACGCGUACACUACACUACAACGAACUCUUAACAAACACAAGCCCUGAACAAAUUGUAAAUCACCAUUAAACUUGACUUGUUGCCAACUUAAAGCUAAACACGAUUUUUUUAACAUCA